GUCGUGUCUCGACCUCUUGUCUUGAUCCACGUGGAUCAUGCGAUCCAUCUUUCCGUAUAUAGAAUCAGAACGGUCUUCCUUCAAGCAGUGCCACCCAUUCAUGCACCUAUGUAUGUACACGACUCGCACACCAGCCAGCCAGGCAGCAUGAAGGCCCCCGAUCGAUCUUCUAGCUCUUCUUGUGCUGGGCCUUCCGCCUGGCCUGCGCGUCGGCGAUUUUUGCCUGCAGGCUUUUCUGCGCCUCACGCCGCCGCCAAUCGUUCUUGCCGAACGACUCGUUCACGCACCCACCGCCCCUCGACUCGGCCGUCUGCUCCUUCCUGCAGACACAAUGGACACGCACACACACACACACACACAGUGUGGGUGUGGGUCGGUACAUGUGAGUGCUCACUAGACAUACCUGAAUGAUUGUUUGGCCUGCCGGGAUGCCUCAUCGCCGCAGCCAUGGGCCUCAGCGAUUGCGUGUGAGAUGCAGAAACGACGGCGGCAAUACGAGCAGGUCUGCAGCAAAGAAAGAGACAGAAAGGCAGCUGUCCGUGAGGUGGGUCACUGCGCUGUGGUGUGGUCAAGACCGACCGUGCCGAUGAGUUUUGUGGACUGGCUGCAUGACGGCAGCGCGCAGAUCCAGUCCUGCCGGCUCGACGCCGCCAACAUCUCAUCAAGCGCUGCACGAACGACACACAAACAUAGGCGCACAGACACUGGUCGCUUCGUCUUGCCCCACCUCACCUUCAUCGGACACCUUGUUGUCGGCGUUUGUCGGCCGUUCAUCAGCGGGUGUCUUCUUCUUGUUCUUGCGCUGCUGCCGCCGCCUCGAUGACAACGAGCCGGCCGUUGGACCUGGACCACCACUGGCGACAUCUGGUAUGUGACUCACUUCCUCGUCAGCUGCAUCUUCUGCGGCAGCAGGCGAUGACGCUGUCGAUGGUGGGCCGUCGGUAGCUGGAGCCGGCGGCUCGGUCGGUGGCUGAGCUGGUGCCGCUGAUGGCUGUGGUGUUGAUGGCCUGUCACGGGACAUGACACAGAUGAAACGGUCGUCGCCUUCACCCUGAUGACACACACAGGCAGACAGGUGGAUGAGUGCAUGUGCCAACGUUGUUUGCAGUGGUGCUGCCACCGACCUUGGACUCGUGACGGAGGCCAAGCGAUUCCGCCAACCUGAUGGUAGCCGCGGCAGUGACCUGGUGUGUCUGGUCUGGGUGUGUAUGUGUGUGGUUCAUUUCCUCACUCGUGCACGAGUCGACGCUGAUACGACGACAAGGACGCAGGAAAGGAAUACUCGCCCUUCCUGAACCGAACCGAACCAACACAACGACACGGAUGAGAUGAGCUAUCGGCGCGUGCUGUGCCCUCCCUCCCUCCCUCCCUCCCUUUUGUUGAUAAAUUUCCCACUGACCGGCGCUUGACGUCCUCGAGGAUGCGACGAAGCCGCGCCUCCUCCGCAUUCACCUCACCUGCACAAAUCAAAUCCGACCAAACAUACCUGACUUGACUUAGAUAGAACCGACCCACCACCCACGACACGGUCGUACCAUUCUCUUCAUCCCUCGGUUCUGGUGGGCCCACAGCCGCGGCCGGCUUCUCGGGUGCCUUGCCAGCUGGCGGCUGGGCCGGUGGCACCGGCCGCCUUCUUGCCUCGGGCGGCCUGUCGCUGCGAGAUGGCUGAGAGGCGGACGUCUGUGCGGCUCUCUUGGGCGGCGCAGACGGGCCCGCCGCAGCCUGCUGUGGGAUAUCCUCUUCGUUGACGAACUCACAGGCGUAGCGGACCUUGACGGGAGAGAGACGGUAUAUAAGUGAAAGAGAAUGGAUUGUUUGCGGGUCAGUCAGGCGGCGUAGGCCGCCUCGCUCAGCUCACCAGCCCGUUGUUCUGUGCGAAGGUGUAGAGUGAGAAGAGGAUGGGGUCGCCCUCGAGGGUGGCAGAGUCGCCAACAAUCACCAACUGCCUGUAGACAGACAGACAGACAGACAGACAGACAGCCAGCAACACAGCGUCAAGUGUGCCAUCCGUCCAGACAUCGGUGUGUCCGCUGUGGUUAUGUUAUCCACCGCUUUGCACGGGUGACGGCGACAUUGAGCCGCCGAUGGUCCGAAAGAAACCCUGCACAGGCGACAGGCAGACCAUGGCAAUGACAUCCUGACUUCUCGACGGGGCCAUACGUGUGUGUGGGUCACGUCACCUACCGACAGCCUUGUGUAUGUUGGACCGGACGAGGGAGAUGAUGACCACCUCCUCCUCGCGACCCUUAUGGAUACACACCACACGCACCGCAGGGAGAGAAAGGCAUAUCAACACCACGCACAUCACAUCGACAGACAGUGUAGUAGUGUACCUGGAACGAGUCGACGGUGGCGAUGGGGAUACCACUGAGGCUCUCAUUCUGCAAACACGAGCAGCAAUAUCAUGUGCACGUCUUCCCAUCUCGCCCCCUCCCCCCGCCCCGCACCUCAGCGGCCAUGCUCCUGAGCAGCUCCACCUGCCGAUUGUAGGGCGUGAUGAUGUUGAUCUUGCCGGCGUCGAGCCCCUGCUCGACCACCAGGUGUGUGGCGUACCGCAUCACCACCUCAGCCUCGCCCCGGUUGCUCCGCGACGAGCGGUCCCUCCCACCGCUGGUGGCCGUGUGGUCGUCCUCCCGCAUGUAUGGCAGGCCGCCGGCGUCGAUCCACACCAUCGGGCUAACGGCAUCCUCGUCGACCUGGGACACAGAUGGAUGGAUGGCAUAGUGUGUGUGGGUGUGGGUGGGUGGGGGGUGACGUACGUGUGGGAUGAGGUCUUGUAUGGUGUGGUGCUCGACAGACUGGUCCGCCUUGAGCUUGCCGUCGUAGAAGGUCUCAGACGACCACUCCAUUAUCACGUGACUCAUCCUGCACACAUCCACACAUCCACACAUCCACACAUCCAUGGGGUGGGGCAUGGCGUGUGCCGUGGCCGAUUAAAUGCAUGCUGCACUGCACCAUGCAUCUCUCGUGUUAACUUACCUGUAUUGAACGUCCAGUAGGGACGACACCUGGUCGCCCCACAUGCGCUGCAGCCGCUGGAAGAGCGUGACGUCCAGCCCAGAUCGCUGGGCCUCCUUGCUCUUGAUCGUCGGGGCAAGCUGCUUGUGGUCGCCUGACACACACACGCACACGUCACGAAUGACAUCAAUCCAUCAUGACAGGGAUGGAUUGACACAUCCGACCUCCCUCCCUCCCUCCCAUGCUCACCGGCGAGUAUGGCCUUCCGUCCCAGCAGCAGGGGGAUCCAGCAGCCCACCUCCAGUGCCUGCGCGGCUUCGUCGAUGCAGACGACAUCGAAGGGCCUCGGGCCGCCAUCCUCCCUGGAGGUGGCGAACUUGCGCAAGGCAAAAUCGUCGGCGCCGGUGCAAGUGGCGAAGACAACUGACACACGGACAGACACAGACACACAGAGAUGAAUAAAGAGGGACAGCACAGCAUCAGCACCCCUCCCCUUCCCUCUCUCGUGCCGCCCACCUUGCGAUUUGCCGAGCACCUCCGACACGGCCCGUCUUUCCCGCUGCCGCAGCUCUUUGCGCAGCUCCUUGAGCUCGCCGUACAGGCGCCUCCUCUCCUCCCUCCCGCCCGCCUUGCCCCUGUUCAGCUGCCGCAGAUGGCCGUCCAUCUCCUUCCUGAUGUCGCUACAGAGCUCGGCCGCCUCGCUGGCCCGCACCAGGCUGUCGAGGCAGUAGGGGAGGAGGGUGGCCUGGAUGCGGGAGGGGUGGCCCAGACGGACCACAAGCUUCAGACCGAUACUGAUGCAACGCUCUGAGUGAGUGACAGGAGGAAGGAGGGGAGAUAAUGGGUGGGGGGUCUGGUGCGGUGUGGUGAUGCAUACCAACAGGCACACGCACCUAGGAGGUUGUCAACGGCGACGUUUGAUGGCGCGCAGACGAGCACUCGCCGGUUGCGGACCACCAGCUGACGAAUCACCUCCACCAUGGUGGUCCUGACAAGACAAGCAGAGAAGAAACACAGACAUCCAAUUCGUCUGUCAGUCAGUCGGCUCUUGUGUCCUACCCUCUGCUUGCUUACGUCUUGCCCGUGCCCGGCGGCCCGUGGAUGCAGGCCACAUCGACGGCGCGAAUGGCAUGGACGACCGCCCUCCGCUGGGAGUCGUUGAGCUGCACCUUGAAGGGCGUCCCGUCACACGUGGAGAUGGAUCCAUCGCAACAAUCAUCGUCAGCUGGCCCAUCCUGCCUCUCCGCGCUUGGCCGUGACGGCCGCUUGUUGAAUCGCGGAGGAGUGGUGCCGAAACAAACGUCCAGAAGGGCAGACGCUGGGCCGUCUCUGAGCGCACUCAAACACACAGCACAGCACAAGUGUGACAACCAAGAGAAUGCCUUGAUUGAUAAGUAAGGCCAGUAAGUAUGCCUUGCCCACAUGCACACCCCACGUACCGGUAUGACGUCAGCGCGUUGAGUGCCGCCCGGUAUCUCCUCAGCGUCACAUCGCUGGCCCAGAGCGCCAGAUGCACCGGCGGCACAAGCGCUUGCACGUCGCAAUCUGUGUCGUCGUCGAACACCACCGAUAUGCCGGUGCUCUUGACGCGAUGCACCACCCCCGUCAAGGCCGGCUGCGACGACAGCGGAUGCUGGGAGUCGAAGAGGCCGACGAUGUCGCCCGACGAGAGGCGGUGAGAGGGCAGGGCGGGGGGCGGCUGCUGGAAUGAGUGCUUCUGGAAGGUGGCGACGGUGCGGCCGUAAAGUCCGGUCGUCACAUCAGCUGCUUCCACCUGCAGCAAGCCAAUCCGCCAGACACAGACACAAGGCGAUGAGUGGAUAAGAGAGAGGUCAGAUCUGCAUUUUGUCCGACUGCCUCGGAUCUGGAGCGCACCUUGAGUAUGGCGAUGCCUGCCUCCUCCAGCUCAGUUGGCGUGCACUCCGCCAGCAGUGCGGUGGUCUCCUCGACCUCUGCCGCAUGCUCUAAGGACAGCAGCUCACUGGUCUUCUCGACGAACGCCUCACGAGAUUCAACCAAAUUGGAUCCACUUACUGCAGACGCAGUGCUCGUCAUGCUGCACGAGCA